GCAACUACGAAGUUUAACUGGAAGCCAAUGUGGAGGUGGAGCAGUUCUCAGCUAUUGUCUAACUGGUGUUGCAGGUGGGAACUUUAUGACCCAGAUGUUAUGGACUGCAAUUCCCAUCAGCCCCUACCAGCAUGGCCAAUUGGAGUGCCAAAGGUUCGCCACCAGGGUCUCAGGCAGAGAGAACUCUACUGGAUGGCCUUUAAAUUGGGGUACUAGAGUUCAGCACAAAACAUGUUCUGCCAUUGAUCUACCUGCCCUCUCCAGUUCCUUUUUUGACAUCACUAAUUGCCCAUCUGCAGCAUCACCUUGAAACUAUUUGCAUGACUAGCAACCAAAGGGUAAAAAUGGCAGUGGUUUACAAAUCUAGAGCAAAGAGCAACCAUUACUUGCCUACCCCCUUAGCUUCAGUAUAUUUCUCUGGCCAUAUUUCCAUACAAACCCCAUAAUUUGUGUAGGCGUUCCUCCGGUUUUUACAAAACGUGUUCACGAGAAUAGUUCCAAGAGCUUCUUGUGAUGUAUUUGGUCUGAGUCUUCCUCCUGCCUUAAUCCAAAGCGAUUUCCUAGGGCUGAGUUUCUAACUUCUUCCUCAGCCUUUAGUUCUAGAUGUAGAAUCUCAUAGAAUUCAUACACAAAAUGCACAUCAGUGGCAGUCUGAUCAGAAGUUGCUUCCCUGCUUUUGUUUUGGCUUCCACCCAAUUCAGUGUCUAAGAAAUGAAGCUCAAGGGAGUCUUGCCUGUUUUCCUAACUUGUUCCCAUGCAUGCCUUGGGAACAGCAAAUACUCUGCAUGUUGGUUUAGCGUCAGUAGCAGUGAUAACUUUAAAUAACUGAGUUGGACAUGAAGAUAGGCUGGUAUCCAGAAGAGAGGCCUUUCUGGCCAAGUGAUGAAUAACUGCAUGCUAGAAUUAAACGCUGGCAAGAGUCUGGUUGGUUGAAACGAUGUCAUGCUUAAAUCUUUGUAGUGUUGUUUUUUAGGAUUGCUUGACUGCCAUGUUAAUGCUGCUUGCUUUUGGAGUGCUGCUUCAGGAAAUCUUGGCCAGCGUUCAAGAUGAAAAUCUUGCUGACGCCAGCAAUAUUCCGGAAGCGCCAUUGUUGAGCUAUGAAAACAUCAACUUGCCAGAGGAACACAUCCCGUACUUUUUACAAAAUAACCAGCCCAUUGCCACAGUCUGUAAGAUCUAUGAUCCUCACUGCCCGUAUAAAAAAUACUUGAAGAAAUUGAAAUUAUGUUGGGGAUAUGAGAAAUCCUGUAAACCAGAAAAAAGGUUUGGAUAUCCAGCAUGUCAUUAUGCAGAGGCAGGGUGGGCUAGUACUGUUGAGGAGGCUCAGCAUGUGUUCUGGAAACAAGCUGACUUUGGUUAUAUUAAAGAGAGGAUAGAUGAAGUGAGGACUCACUGCAGACCUAAGGCAACGGGAGAUUCUUCACUUGAGUGUUCUCGUUAUCUCCAGUACUGCAGAGCAAAGAAUUUGUAUAUUGAUUUGAGAAGCCCGAAGAGGAACCAUGAUAGAUUUAAUGAGAACUUUUUCCAGAAGGGGCAAAUUGGAGGUCAUUGUAAUAUGGAUGUUAAAGCUUUCCUUGCCGAAGAUCAGCGGAAAAGUCCUCUACAAUCUUGGUUUGCUGAGCUCCAGAUGUAUACAGAACUGAAAACCAGACCUAUGGAAGAUGGUAGUUGUGAUGUAGUUAUUGACAAGCCGACGUAUUUCAUGAAGUUUGAUGCAGGUGUUAAUAUGUACCACCAUUUCUGUGACUUCGUCAAUCUUUACAUCACUCAGCAUGUUACCAACUCGUUCAGCACAGAUAUCAGCAUUGUCAUGUGGGAUACAAGUGCCUAUGGAUAUGGAGACUUGUUCAGUGAAACUUGGAAGGCAUUUACAGACUAUGAAAUAACGCACUUGAAAUCGUACGAUUCAAAAAGAGUAUGCUUCAAAGAAGCAGUUUUUGCAUUACUGCCUCGAAUGAGGUAUGGCUUAUUUUAUAACACUCCAUUGAUCUCUGGCUGCUAUGGUACAGGAUUAUUCAGAGCUUUUUCCCAGCAUGUCUUACACAGAUUAAAUGUCACGCAAGACAGACCUAAGGAUGGAAAAAUCAGAGUUACAAUACUUGCCCGAAGCACAGAAUACAGGAAGAUACUAAACCAAAAUGAGCUUGCUGGUGCUUUGAAAACAUUGUCAUUAUUUGAGGUCCAGAUAGUCAAUUACAAGUACAAGGAGCUUGAGUUUACAAGGCAGCUGAAAAUCACGCACAAUUCUGACAUUUUCAUUGGAAUGCAUGGAGCAGGCCUUACUCAUCUUCUCUUUCUGCCAGACUGGGCUGUCAUCUUUGAACUGUACAACUGUGAAGAUGAACGCUGCUAUUUAGAUCUGGCAAGACUGAGAGGUGUCCAUUACAUGACCUGGCAAAAGAAGGAUAAAGUUUUCCCCCAGGAUCAGGGACAUCACCCAACACUUGGAAAACACCCAAAAUUUACAAAUUACUCCUUUGAUGUGGAAGAAUUUGUCCGCCUGGUUCUUCUGGCGGCUGAUCAUGUGUCACAACAUUCCAAAUGGCCAUUUAAGAGAAAACAACAUGAUGAAUUCUAGGCUAUACAGCAGUGUUUAUACUGGGGGUCCCCAACCUUUUUUGAGCCUGAGGGCACAUUCCGACACAGGGUGAUGAUGGGCACAAUCAAAAAAUGGCUGCGGCAGGAGGUGGAACCAGCUCGCCUUUAACCUCAUGGUGAAGAUCCUUGUGUUGUGGUAGCCAAAGCAGUAUUUUUUUUUCAAAUGGGCACAGCCAAUCAGAAGCCUUGCUGGGCAAAAGACCCACCAGGCCAUGCCUACUUACAGGAAAUACUUGAUGGACACCAGAAACGGUAUCUGCAGGCACCAUGUUGGGGGGCCCUGGUUUAUUUUGAUACAGUGUGUUUUUAAAGCUCUGUGUGGUGAAUGUGUCACCUAUUUUGAUACACAAUCCCAUACUGCUAACUUUGUUUUUCUGGAGUAAAAGGAACGGGAGUUGCAUCUUGGAACUCUUCUCCCUCCGCAUUGUUGUUCCUGUAUUUUUAUUUCUGUAAUGUCUUCUCCCUUCCUAAUAUUAUUUGAGAAGUUAGUGUUGUGGAACAUCUAUUUAUUUAAUAUGAUGAAUGUUUGCACUGCUUUGUCUUCAUGUUGUCACCUCCAGUGCUAGAAAUGGUGACUGUUGCUUUAAAAGUGGAGGGCUGGAGACAAGCACGCUGGGUCCUGUUGCUUCCCACUCAACUCCUUCUGGAACUUUCCAGGUUUUGACCUGUCAUCACCUUCUGACUCUCCCAUUUUUGCAAAACACUCCUCGCAAAAGAGCAAGGCUGUUUCCGCACGGGCGGAAUAAAAACAGCGUCCCUGGGGAGGAGUUCACACGGCCACCGCCGCUGGAUCACAGCAGUGGUGGCCUCGCAACCCCCCGAGUGGCGCGAAGCCAUUGUUUCCAAACCUCGCUCCCUGAGCGAGGUUUUUCGGAAACAGCGGCUUCCAAACACUGCCGUGUGAACGGCAGUGGCUGGAAGGCGCCAUU